AUGGUAGAAGGCCAUGUUGAAAAACAUCCUAUCAGAUUUUUUUUAAGUAGUUAUUUUACACCUUACACUUCUGUUACGGGCGUGGCCUGUUUGGUCAGCGUACCAGACUGUGGGUCCAUGAUUCGUAUCUAUCUUGCCCAAGUACUUACAGUUGCGUAUACUGGCCAGCUAGUACUUACUGUUGCUCACACUGGUCAGCCAGUACUUACAGUUGCUUAUACUGGCCAGCUAGUACUUACAGUUGCUCACACUGGUCAGCCAGUACAUAAACUUGCUCACACUGGUCAGCCAGUACUUAUAGUUGGUCACACUGGUCAGCCAGUACUUACGGUUGCUCAUACUGGUCAGCUAGUGCUUAAAAUUACUCAAACUGGUGAGUGUGCCGACGGUAACCUAUGUCACCACAACUGCUAUGAUCUUCAUGAUGGCACCUUCGAGUGUUCUUGUGACGAAGGAUAUACUCUCGCUAAAAACGGAUAUACUUGUAUAGAAAAUGUUGAAAAAAAGCCAAGUAAAGAGAAGGUUACCAAAGAACAACAGUUUGAUAACAAGACCAUAAUUACUGGAAGCCGUACUGAAGGAGCUCCAAGUAACAUCCCUGAAUCCUUAUCUCAGACCCAAAAAGAUUACGAUAAAAGCCAAAAUUAUGAACACCAAGAAGCUAAAAUAGAGUUCACAUCCAACCUUGUGGAUGGCGCUGUCAUUGGAGUAAAAUAUCAUGGAAUUCAAAAGCCUAAAUUGGAUGUUAAUAAAUCGAAAUCAACCUCUCAAGCACCUGUUAAUUUUGAAGUGAAUCAACUAUUUCAACCAAUGAAUACCAUAACGAUCACCACGCCAUCUACUCCUCGAUACGUUAAAUGCCAAGAAUUGGAAUGUAAAUUUGGUGGUGCUUGUAUUCCUGAUCCGUCGACAGAGGGCAUAAAAUGCAGUUGUCCAUUAGGAAGAGGGGGAUUCUUUUGCGAGAAAGCGGUUGAACUGAAAUAUCCGAAGUUCGUUGGAUCUUCCUACUUGGCUCUGCCUGUUUUACGUGACGCCCACAAGGUGACGCAUAUUUCUCUUGAGUUUCGACCUGAAUCUUAUGAUGGAAUUCUUCUGUAUAGUGGUGGCCAUGCUGAUCUCCAUGGAGACUUCGUAGCCCUUACUCUGAGCAAAGGUUUUGUGGAAUUCAG